AUGUAUGAGUACAGAGAGGCCCUGAACAGUGUGCUGAAGGUAAAUUGGAGGGGGAAGAACAAUCCCCAGAGACUGUUGGUGUUCAGUCUUCUGCAGGAGCUGGCUCGCAGGGACGGGCUGAGUACCGCCCUCUCCGGUCGCAACGAGAAGGAACUGUACCCCAUUCUCCUGUUCACCCGGUUCUCCAUUCUGGAACCAAAGUAUUCGUCGUUCAUGCUGGACGUGUUUGAUACAAUACUCGAUAUCUAUGGCGAUACUCUGUACCAGUCAAAGUCUAUAGCUGGUCUGCUGAGAUUAGUAGAAGAGAAAAUUGCCAGAGAACUAGAAUUUCAACGAAGAGGGUUCCAGUUGCUUGGAGCCAUUGAUGCCCUACUCACGGCUGCCACGACAACCAACAGACACACCCCCUCGUCAACUGUCAUCAGUCUCAAUGGUUACCACGGAGACAAAACACAUGCUGACUCGGCAUCUGCUGAUGUUUCGUAGUUUCCCAACAUGUUUGAAGGUUACAAUUUUAUUUGUGGAAAUGAGAAUAAUAACGCAAUACGGAACAGUGAAACACAAACGUUAAUGAGCAAGGAAGCGGUUGAAGUCAUUGUAUGCACUCUCGAGGUCAAACAGCAUCUGUCGGACUUGGUCUUCAGAAAGUUCGUCACUUGCUGACAUUGCAUUCAAGUUGUCCAGCCACUUCCUCACCUUUGUCCGUCCCUCGAAAUCUCGCGGGAGAGAGCUCAUUUUGGACAUUAUCUCGUAGAGCUCCUUUACGUCCGGGUGUAGUUCGUCCAUUGCCUUUAUUUCAAGGCGGAGUCGGUCCAUGAUGGUAAUAAACAGAGAGACAAUCUCUGCUAUAAGUUUCUGGACGUUUCCACCGUCGUCCUGAACCGUCAGCGGGCGCCCUUCCUUUAUCCGUUCCAGCGCGGCCGGGCAGUCCAGUAGAUAGCGCGUCAUAAAAUCCUCCACUUUGGGGAACUUUUCUCUCACCAGUUUGAAUGCCGCCGUGUACUGGGCGAGCAGGAUGCUGCACUGACUGGCGUACUCGGAGGGGUUCACCGCGUCCUUGAGGUAGGCCUUCUCCAGAGCUUGGAUGGUGUUGAUGAGCGCGAACACGUUGGCGCGGUUGUCGAUUUCCUCCCUCUCCCGUGAAUUCUCGUAGAGACGGACCUCCUGCGAGAGCUUCGGGUUUAUGUCUGUCGCCGAGGGUAUAUGGGAGUGAGAACCAACGUCUGAGAACACUGGAACUGCCAUUCUUCCUCUGCCUAGAGAGAGACGGACGACUCCGCCCCUUUGAAUUACGUCAGGAU